CUGAUAUGCAAACACCAGUUGACUAAUCGGCAAACAUUUCUACGCCGCUGACACCUCCAGACAGAAUAUACAUGGAGUUAGCAAAUAUGGGGAGUAGUUAAGGCUGAAGCUUCGACCAAAACACCUUUAAAAUAAGAUAAUAUUACGCCAGAAAAAGUUGUGGAGGUCAUAAAGUAUUAUCGUGCGGCCAAAAAGAUAGAGUAUGUGCGAUACCAAGCGUCCAGCAAGGAAUUCGAAGGUAAAAGCGAAGCUAACGGAACUGGAAGAGAUCUUUACAACAACUUCCAAUGAUAUGGAAUGGCAACAUAUUAGAACAGAGGCUUUGUACACGUUGAGCAAAGAACAAGGGAAGGCCGUGAGAAAGAAGAGGGAUAAAACUGGGCGAGUAAACCGUUUGGAUAUCAUUGGAAAAAAUACUCUAAUAGAAUCUCAAACAGAAACUUCAUUUCGAGUUAUUCUAUUUUUAGUUACGUCAAUUAUAUUAACAGGAUUUAAUUUUGUCAAAUCAUCUGGCCAAAACAAUUUUAAAAUAUUUUUUGUAUUACUUCGAGAUUUACAGCAGGGGAACGGUUCCGGAAACAAUGAGUUCGGAACUCGAAUAAUAUGGUGCUACGUCGAUUAA